CCAUCCUGUGCUUAGGAACACAACCUCGAGUGUUGACAGUGGGCCACUCCUCAUCCUCCCACCCCGGCUCACAAACUGCUUUCCGAGACGGGGCCAGACCAGGGCAGCUCCUCUGGCAGCAGAGCCGGGGCAGGUGCCAGGUGGACGUUGCAGCUGAGGCGUGAGGAGGCACCGGGAACCUGAGCUGAAAGCUGGGAGAGGUCCAGUCAGAGCCCAAGAGCCGGAGCUACCCCUCAACCUGUCGGCCAUGGGGGAGAUGGAACAGCUACGGCAGGAAGCGGAGCAGCUCAAGAAGCAGAUUGCAGAUGCCAGGAAAGCCUGUGCUGACAUUACUCUGGCAGAGUUGGUGUCUGGCCUGGAGGUCGUGGGACGGGUCCAGAUGCGGACACGGCGGACUUUAAGGGGACACCUGGCCAAGAUCUAUGCCAUGCACUGGGCAACUGACUCCAAGCUGCUGGUGAGUGCCUCGCAAGAUGGGAAGCUGAUUGUAUGGGACACCUAUACCACCAAUAAGGUGCACGCCAUCCCGCUGCGCUCCUCCUGGGUCAUGACCUGUGCCUACGCCCCGUCAGGGAACUUUGUGGCAUGUGGGGGGCUGGACAACAUGUGCUCCAUCUACAGCCUCAAAUCCCGUGAGGGCAAUGUCAAGGUCAGCCGUGAGCUCUCGGCCCACACAGGUUAUCUCUCCUGCUGUCGUUUCCUGGAUGACAACAAUAUCGUGACCAGCUCAGGGGACACCACGUGUGCCCUCUGGGAUAUAGAAACUGGGCAGCAGAAGAAUGUGUUCGUGGGACAUACAGGGGACUGCAUGAGCCUGGCCGUAUCGCCCGACUUCAGUUUCUUCAUCUCGGGGGCCUGUGAUGCCAGCGCCAAGCUCUGGGAUGUGCGGGAGGCGACUUGCCGCCAGACUUUCACUGGUCAUGAGUCAGACAUCAAUGCCAUCUGUUUCUUCCCCAGCGGAGAGGCCAUCUGCACAGGUUCGGAUGAUGCCACUUGCCGCCUGUUUGACCUGCGGGCUGACCAGGAGCUGAUCACCUAUGCCCACGAGAGCGUCAUCUGUGGCAUCACGUCCGUGGCCUUCUCCCUCAGCGGCCGCCUGCUCUUCGCAGGUUACGAUGACUUCAACUGUAAUGUGUGGGACUCCAUGAAAGGGGAGCGCGUAGGCAUCCUCUCUGGCCACGAUAACAGGGUCAGCUGCCUGGGGGUCACAGCCGAUGGGAUGGCUGUGGCCACGGGUUCCUGGGACAGCUUUCUUAAGGUCUGGAACUGAGAUGGAAGAAAAAGGCCACGGAUACUCUCCACUGCUGCCCCCCUGCCUAGUUUCUUUACGGCUCUCUUCUCUACCCCAGCCACCAGCUUUCUCCUUUCAGGGCAGUGGGGACUGUGUCUUUGGGAGCAGUACCCAGGACACGGAAGCAGAAACCUCCCAUUUCCUGCUAGGGCCUCUCCUCUCCAGGGUCCUGAUGCCUCCCUUCAUGAGCAAGGAUGAGUGACCCCUCUCACCCCUUGGUGGGUCUAAUAGGCUUACAGCUGAGGUCCCUCCCUUGUCCAGAGCCUUCACCCUUGUCCAGAGCCGGUGCUUGGCCCCAUGACUAUGGCUUGGACAUGACGGUCUUAGCCUCCUCCUCCUCCUUCAUUCUUUCUCCUUUUCUACCUUCUUUUUUCGCUUCCGAAACACCUGCAA